AUGCUCAAAAUAGUGAAUACUCGAAGGUUCAUUUCCUCAGAUAACUUGCUUCGGCAGACAUUGGAACAGUAUGCUAGAGAUCCGGUGAAGCUGAUUGCCAUACCAAUUAAUAAGGAUAGCAACUUCAUAUACUGUUCCCAUAAAGAUAGCAUACUAAACAAGAAUUCCAAGCUGAUAGCAGCGGAACGGUAUCUUGUGAGCAAGUCAGCAAUGAUUUGGAAGAAAAUGAGUCAGUCCCCCAAGAAGAUGAACAAGAAGAUUGUUUCUUGGGUGAAUGUCUACUUGGACCAGAUACCCUGGCAAGAGCAAAGUUUAAUGUCGAUACCAGGAGAGAACUACAUAUUGAAAAGAAUCAAACCGUCAAGAGAAAAAGCAAGAGAGGAACUCACAGAGCAGCAAAGCGAACUCACCAUUACAAGAGGUCAGUACCUCAGCACUGUACAAAAACCGGCAUUAAAGCCGAUCCAUUUAUAUUAUCCAUCUCAGCUUAUAUCGAGAGAAAGCUUGGUGAAACAACUCACUCAGUUGUAUUUGAACGGACUAAAAUAUCACAAGAAAAAAGCAUUGCAGUGUCUGCUUGUUCUCCCACUAACUUUCCCGCUAGUAUUAAUACCAGUUGUCCCCAAUAUCCCGGGGUUUUAUUUGGCAUACAGAGCAUACUGUAACUUGAAGGCAUACUUGGGUGCUCAGCAUAUCUCGAAGAUGAUUGAGGACGGUGCCAUCGAGUACCGCGAGAUCAAGCAAUUGCUGCCCGAGGAAAAUUUGGAUGAAACAGGUGUGGAUUACACAAAGGUAAUAACCGAUACCCUGGACAUAAAAGAGAUUGAUCCGACCAUUGCUAAAGCGGUGAAGCAGGAAGCCACCAAAACUGAGAGCGACGCCCACUGA